GCCUCAACCACGGCCGGAAAUAGAGCCAAAACGCUCGAGGAGAUCAUGAACAAAUCAGUCGACUUGGAACGGAUACCUGUAGAGGAAGUGUUGGAGCAGCUGAAAUGUACCAGGGCUGGACUGACUUCAGAGGAAGGAGCCCGUCGACUCCUAGUUUUUGGACCAAACAAACUAGAAGAGAAAAAGGAGAGCAUGAUUCUCAAGUUUUUGGGUCUUAUGUGGAACCCUUUGUCAUGGGUCAUGGAAGCUGCUGCUAUCAUGGCUAUUGUCAUGGCAAAUGGGGCUGGGAGACCUCCAAACUGGCAGGAAUUUGUUGGUAUCGUUGCGUUGUUGCUGAUCAACUCUACCAUUAGUUUUAUUGAAGAAAAUAAAGCUGGUAAUGCUGAAGCAGCCCUCAUGGCUGGUCUUGCUCCCAAAACUAAGGUUUUAAGAGAUGGUAGAUGGAGUGAACAAGAUGCUUCAAUUCUGGUUCCAGGGGACAUAAUCACCGUUAAAUUGGGAGACAUAAUUCCUGCAGAUGCUCGUCUUCUUGAGGGUGAUCCUUUAAAGAUUGAUCAAUCUGCUCUCACUGGAGAAUCUCUUCCUGUCAUUAAAAGCCCCUCAGAUGAAGUGUUUUCUGGUUCCAUAUGCAUACAGGGUGAAAUAGAAGCAGUUGUUAUUGCAACUGGUGUGCACUCGUUUUUGGGUAAAGCUGAGCAUUUAGUAGACAGCACCAAUCAAGUUGGGCAUUUUCAGAAGGUUAUCACAGCCAUUGGCAAUUUCUGCAUUUGUUCAAUUUUUGUUGGAAUAUUCAUUGAGGCAGUUGUCAUGUUCGGGAUCCAGCACUGCAAUUACAGGGAUGGGAUUGACAAUUUACUAGUUCCCUUGAUUGGAGGGAUCCCGAUUGCCAUGCCAACUACGUUAUCUGUCACCAUGGCUAUUGGUUCUCAAAGGCUCUCUCAGCAAGGUGCUAUUACCAAGAGAAGGACAGCCAUUGAGGAAAUGGCACGCAUGGAUAUACUGGACCUUUGCAACUCCAAGGGAGAUGUUCGGAAAAAGGUUCAUGCAGUAAUUGACAAGUUUGCUGAACGUGGACUUCAAUCAUUAGCAGUGGCAAUACAGGAAAUACCUGAGAAGACAAAAGAUAGUUCAGGGGAACCAUGGCAGCUUCUUGGUUUGUUGCCUAUAUUUGAUCCUCCGAGGCAUGACAGUGCUGACACCAUUAUAAGGGCUCAAAUCCUUGGCGUGAAUGUGAAGAUGAUUACUGGUGAUCAGCUUGCCAUCGCCAAAGAAACUGGGAGGAGGCUUGGAAUGGGAACGAACAUGUACCCUUCUUCCUCCUUGCUUUUUGAAGAUAAGGAUGCUUCAAUUGCUGCUGCUUUCUCUAUAAAUGAGAUCAUCGAGACGGUAGAUGGAUUUGCUGGAGUAUUACCAGAACACAAAUAUGAAAUUGUUAAGAGGCUGCAAGAGAGGAAACAUAUCUGUGGUGUGACUGGAGAUGGUGAUGCAACUGCUUUGAAGAAGGCUGAUAUUGGAAUUGCUGUUGCCAAUGCUUCAGAUGCUGCUAGAAGUGCAGCGGAUAUUUUCCUGACUGAACCAGGGCUUAAUGCCAUUAUAAGUGCAGUGCUAACCAGCAGGGCUAUUUACCAAAGGAUGCAGAACUACACAAUCUAUGCUGUUUCUGCCACCAUCCAUAUUGUGUUUGCUUUCAUGUUUAUUGCCUUGAGAUGGUCGUUUGACAUUGCUCCUUUUAUGGUCUUAAUUAUUGCCAUCCUAAAUAACGUGACAAUCAUGACAAUAUCAAGAGACAGAGUGAAGCCAUCUCUACAGCCUGACAGCUGGAAGCUGAGAGAGAUUUUCACUACUGGUAUUGUUCUUGGAGGAUACUUGGCAUUCAUGACUGUAUUAUUUUUCUGGGCUAUGACAAACACCACUUUCUUCGAGGAGAAGUUUCAUGUAACUCUCUACCGCCCGUGGGAUUAUGGUGAGUCGGUUCCCUACCGCCCGCAGGAUUAUCGUAAGUCGGUUCAGAAAAUAAGGGCAGCUUUAUACCUUCAAGUGAGUAUUGUGAGCCAGGCCCUUAUUUUUGUGACACGAUCCCGAAGCUGGUCCUAUGUUGAACGCCCCGGACUUCUGUUAAUCAGUGCUUUUAUAGUCUCUCAGCUGAUAGCAACACUGAUUGCAGUCGAUUCAAAUUGGGAUUCUGUUACCAUAAAAGGUAUUGGCUGGCGAUGGGCUGGAGUGAUCUGGCUUUACAGUGUUGUGACUUAUAUCCCUCUCGAUUUUCUCAAGUUUGCCAUUCAGUAUCUCCUGGGUCGUAAAGUGAGGAAUACACUUUUACAGGACAAGACCGCCUUCACUACAAAAAACCUUUUCAGUGACAAGAACAGUUAUAGGGAACUCUCAGAGAUUGCAGAGGAGGCUAAACACCGGGCUGAGGUUAUCAGGUAAGUGAACUAUGUUACAGAGAAAAAUUACCACAAUGUGCAUUGAAACCAAAGAAGAAAAACUCAUGAAUGUAGCAUUUUUGUUUCUAAUGGAAUCUUUAGGAAUCUGAUUCGAGAAUGGGAAUAUAUUUUCUUAUAACUU